GAAAAGAGUAAAAGUCAAUCCUUAGUAGAAUAUGUUCACUAUUAGUAUUAGUAGCUAGUUUUAGCUAUUUUAUCUAUGUGAUAAAUGAAUGAUGGAGUUCCAAAAUCCUACCAAAUUCAACCAAUCUCAUGAAAGUAUAGAACUACUCUCAAAUUUUGUAUCAUCAAGAUGCCUUAUUUGAAUUUUGUUAUUGGAAGUAUAGCAAUCACUAGGUAGAUCCAUUCAGAUUGUAACGUAACAUAUUAACUCCUAUUGGAAUCUAUUUUAUUAAUGGUAUUCCAUAAUAACCAUUUUCUCUCUUAACUUAGUCACAAACAGUUUCCCCCAAUAAUACUAGUCUUUUAAAAGUAGACAAUCUAUCCUUAGAUCAAAAUAGUGGGUUUGAUAAUGAUUUGAAUGAUACAACAGAACUUAUGAUAGUAAUCGCCUCUUGCAAUGAAACUCUAUUUAAUAUUGGAUUUGAAAAAUCUGGUAUAUUGCAAUAACCAUGCAUCAAAUCUAUAGUAUGAUCCAUAUUCAUAAAAGUUCUAGGUAGUGAAGAAAUAAUAUUAUUUAACCUUUGAUUCUUGGAUCUCUCAUUAGGGUUAAUUGAUAUUGACUUAAACCUUAUCUACUAUAGAUACUGGCAUUUUAUUCACUAAUUCUGAGUCAAAAAGCUUCAUCUACAAUGCCUAGUUGAUAACAAACGCAACAACUAAUCAAUUUUGGUCUACUUUAUUAGUUAAGAAUUCAUAUCUUAAUUUAUUUAUUCGACUUGAUUCGAUGUCAUUUGAUACUUAGAUUGUUUAUUCAAAAUUAGGUGAAAUACUACUAGCCUAAGUUGGAUUAAUAAUGAGUAUAUUAAUGGUUUUGAGUUUUACUUCUUGGAUUACAUAGACUUGAAAAAGUCUAAAGAUAAGGAAGACCUAAAGAUAUGUAAAGAAUUGGUAGCAUAAGCAAAAAAGAAACUAGUAUACACUAACAUCAUCUAUGAAUUGUCUAGAAUUUAAUUGUUUCUAAAAAGUCAUUUCGGAAGGAAUCAGCUUUUUCAUACACAUUUAUUUGGAAUAUAGGAAAAGAAGAAAUAAAACAUAGUAAUCGUGGGUAAGUGUUUGAUAAUUCAAUUACUAUGAUUGAGGUUGAUGCAAAUAGAGAAUAAAUUGAAUGGCAUUUUAGUAAAGAAGACUUCAAUUUUUAAGUAGAGGUAAAGUAAAUAUGUUCAAGAAUAAAGAAGACUUAGCGAGAGUAUGUUAAGAUGUGGGUAGUGCUUCAUUUUAAUCCAUUUAAUUAUGA